AUGGCAUCUAUCACUCCCGAGACAUAUCGGAAGUUAAUCAAAGCAAUCAAAGGUGAAGCAACCGCCGAUAGGAAACGAUGGUAUAGGACCUUAGUCGGAAGUGACCCCGACAAGGAGUCCCGCCAAGUACAGGACAAGCUGAAGGCGGCCCUAGGUGAUCUCUAUGAAGGAGACAAGCCGGACCAGUUUGAAAACGCGGAUAGACGUCCGAAAAUCAAGGGACAAACCCGCGGGCGUGUCGCCUCGUUCGAGUGCGAAUGGAUAGAUCACGCUUCCGUCGCGUCCAAGGCUCUUGAGUGUCUAUCUGAAUGGAUGGCAACCAACGACAUCGAGAAAAUUUGGUCCAACUCGAGUAAUCGCCCAACCAAAUUGGAGAUUAUCCAGGGAUUCUACGAGUACACCUGGAUCUGCCUGAGUCGAGGAUGCAAGGAGAAAGACAACAUUUGUCCAAAGAAUAUGAAGAGACCACCAAAAGAUGUACACAAAUCCGAUAUAAGUGCAUGGUACGCCUCUGAAUCUAGAAGGGCGGUGGGCAUAAUCAAGGCUAGAUGGGAAGACGGAGAGCCUUUGAGAGAGAUCAUAAAUCGCUGGUGGAAUUGA